ACGGAGCUGGCACGGAGCGGCGAUACGGGGGGAGCUGUAACACCGCGGAGAAGAAGAAGAAGAAGAAGAAGGAAAAAGGCGAUUACACCCCAAAUACCAGCGGGUUUUUCGAUCGCGGUUCUUCGGGUGUAUCCGGGAAAAAGGGCCGUCCGGGUGGUUUGCUCGGGUCGAGUGCUAAAUUUAGGAGCGGGCGGGUCGAGGACAGCCAGUCUAUUUUUCAACGACCAACUCCCCAGAUGAACUCCGUCAGAGCCACCAACAGGAGACCCAGGCGAGUGUCGAGGCCGCGCCCGGUGCAGCCCGAACGGAACAACGGCGACAGAGAUGAGGAGGCUCCCGCGGCAGCCGCAGCAGAGAUGGCCAUCGAGGAAUCCGGCCCAGGAGCUCAGAACAGCCCCUACCAGCUUCGACGCAAGACCCUGCUCCCCAAGAGAACCGCUGCUGCCUCUGCCACCGCCGCCUCCGCCUGUCCCAGCAAGAGCCCGAUGGACGGAGCUUCCACUUCGUCGACAGAGGCCUUUGGCCACCGAGCCAAGCGGGCACGAGUGUCCGGUAAGAGCCACGACCUGCCAGCAGCCCCAGCAGAGCAAUAUCUGCAGCAGAAGCUUCCAGACGAGGUCGUUUUGAAGAUCUUCUCCUACUUACUGGAGCAGGAUCUCUGUCAGGCCGCUUGUGUCUGCAAGAGGUUCAGCCAGCUAGCCAAUGACCCCAUUCUAUGGAAGCGUCUGUAUAUGGAGGUGUUUGAAUACACGCGUCCCAUGAUGCACCCUGAGCCAGGCCGGUUCUACCAGGUCAGCCCCGAGGAGCACGAACACCCAAACCCAUGGAAGGAGAGCUUCCAACAGUUGUACAAAGGUGCCCACGUAAAACCAGGUUUCGCUGAGCAUUUCUACAGUAACCCGGGCAGAUACAAAGGCAGAGAGAACAUGCUGUACUAUGACACCAUUGAGGAUGCACUGGGUGGGGUCCAAGAGGCCCACUUUGACGGCCUAAUCUUUGUUCACUCUGGCAUCUACACAGAUGAGUGGAUUUACAUAGAGUCCCCCAUCACCAUGAUCGGUGCAGCUCCUGGUAAAGUAGCCGACAAGGUGGUGAUAGAGAAUACCAGAGAUUCGACGUUUGUCUUCAUGGAGGGCUCGGAGGAUGCCUAUGUGGGAUACAUGACCAUAAAGUUUAAUCCUGAUGAUAAGUCUGCGCAGCACCAUAACGCCCACCACUGUCUGGAGAUCACAGUCAACUGCAGCCCGAACAUCGACCACUGCAUCAUCCGCUCCACAUGCACAGUGGGUUCAGCUGUCUGCGUGAGUGGCCAGGGGGCCUGUCCAACCAUCAAACACUGCAACAUCAGCGACUGUGAGAACGUAGGCCUGUACAUUACGGACCAUGCACAGGGGAUUUAUGAAGACAACGAAAUCAGCAACAAUGCGCUAGCGGGAAUUUGGGUGAAGAACCACGGCAAUCCCAUCAUUAGACGUAACCACAUCCACCACGGACGAGAUGUUGGCGUGUUCACCUUUGACCACGGCAUGGGUUACUUUGAGAACUGCAACAUCCACAGAAACCGUAUCGCAGGCUUUGAGGUGAAGGCAUAUGCCAACCCCACUGUGGUGCGCUGUGAGAUCCAUCAUGGCCAAACAGGAGGCAUCUAUGUCCACGAGAAGGGACGGGGACAGUUUAUAGAGAACAAAAUCUACGCUAAUAACUUUGCCGGUGUGUGGAUCACGUCCAACAGCGAUCCAACGAUACGGGGAAAUGCUAUAUUCAAUGGUAACCAAGGAGGCGUGUACAUAUUUGGCGAUGGGCGGGGUUUGAUAGAAAGCAACGAUAUCUACGGUAACGCCUUGGCGGGAAUCCAGAUCCGAACUAACAGCUGCCCCAUCGUACGGCACAACAAGAUCCACGACGGACAGCACGGGGGCAUCUACGUGCACGAGAAAGGCCAGGGGGUGAUCGAGGAGAAUGAGGUUUACAGCAACACACUGGCCGGAGUCUGGGUGACCACAGGCAGCACUCCUGUCCUCCGCAAGAACCGCAUCCACAGUGGCAAACAGGUCGGUGUGUAUUUCUAUGACAAUGGACAUGGUGUGUUGGAAGACAAUGAUAUCUACAAUCACAUGUACUCUGGUGUACAAAUACGGACGGGGAGCAAUCCGAAGAUCCGGCGCAACAAGAUAUGGGGCGGCCAGAAUGGGGGGAUUUUAGUCUACAACUCAGGUCUGGGCUUCAUUGAGGACAACGAGAUCUUCGACAACGCCAUGGCCGGGGUGUGGAUCAAGACGGACAGCAACCCCACACUGAGGAGAAAUAAGAUUCACGACGGCCGAGACGGAGGCAUCUGCAUUUUCAACGGAGGCAGAGGUUUGCUUGAAGAGAACGACAUCUUCAGGAACGCUCAGGCCGGUGUGCUGAUCAGCACCAACAGCCACCCAAUUCUCCGCAAGAACCGCAUUUUUGACGGCUUUGCUGCUGGUAUUGAAAUUACCAACCACGCAACAGCCACGCUGGAGGGAAACCAGAUCUUCAACAAUCGCUUUGGAGGCUUGUUUCUCGCCUCCGGAGUCAACGUCACCAUGAAAGAUAAUAAGAUCCUGAACAACCAGGAUGCCAUCGAGAAGGCUGUGAGCAGAGGACAGUGUCUCUACAAGAUCUCCAGCUACACCAGUUACCCCAUGCACGAUUUCUACAGAUGUCACACCUGUAACACAACGGAUAGGAACGCCAUCUGUGUUAACUGCAUCAAAAAAUGCCACCAAGGGCAUGAUGUAGAAUUUAUACGGCACGACCGAUUUUUUUGCGACUGCGGCGCAGGGACACUGUCCAACCCGUGCACGCUGGCCGGAGAGCCCACACACGACACGGACACUUUGUAUGAUUCGGCGCCACCCAUCGAGUCCAACACGCUGCAACAUAACUGAACGCAUCCGGGUCGAGUUACACUCUCUCCUCACAUAAGCAUACAAAACACAUUACAUUGCACACAGCCAUACACACACACUUAGCCACACACUUAGCCACACACACACACACACACACACACGGUCACACGGUCACACACACACACACACACACGGUCACACAUACACACAUCAACUCGCAGCCAUAAGUACCCAGAGAGACUCUCAUGAUUGUGGCGCUCUCGGACGGGAUCGAGGUGAAUGAGGCUGCAGAGGAAGCAGCUUCCUGCCCGCUGCAGCAGAAGCAGGCUCCACUAGGGGGAGCAGUGGAGCUGAGGGUAGACUGACAGAACGGCCACAAGAGAUUCCUCACUUGAGUAUUUCUUAUUGCAGUGUGUAGGCAGAGAGGAGAAGGGCUGUGCAGAGGGGCUGUCGAUGGUGGCCUGUGCCCCUUCGACAGCACAUGAAGAUCCCACCCUCAUCAUCCCCCUCCCAAGCCCCUGCGUGCUGCCCCCGCCGUUAAAUCCUCGGCUCCCAGCUCCCUUCUCCUCCACAAGAACUGCUGUCAAAGAGACUUCCUGCUUCCUCGCAGCUGCCAUCCCCAUUGGCUGCCCAGGUGGUUGUAACAAGGCAACGGAUGGGAGGAUGUCGCUCUGUUGUGUGGUUAAAGAAAGAUUGUGUGUGUGUGUGUGUGAUGGAGCACUUGGGCUUUUUUAAGAAAAAAAAAAUGUUCUGAUCAAUGGAUUUUAUUUCAAUGCUUUCUCAUGUAGUUUUGUAUUUUCAAGCAAAAAGCUGACUGUAUUUGAAUGUCUUUUAUUUUAUUAUAUAAUAUUAUAAUUAUUAUUAUUUUUUUCUUUGGUUAGCGUCCCCCCGUCCCCCGUCCCCCGUCCCGCCCCGACACCCAGGCAAACUGCAGAAACUCUUUAACGUCCCAGUGGUGAAAGUUCUUUCUGUGAAAGAGAAUCUCGUUUAAACACUAAAUACCCUCUCCGGUAUAUUGGCUCAAAUGGCAGGUGGAGGGACUCCACAGUUGUACAAAGGUGUGUAUGCGCGUGUGUAAAUGUGCGUGUUGUGUACAGUGAAAGUGUGUGUAUAUGUGUGUAUAAGUUGAUGCAGUCUGUUUCGUGGAGAGGGUUCCAGUAGGAGGCAAAAGAGCUCCUAUUAACUGGAAGUGAAGUGUUAAUCUGCAGGCCCCAAUGCGCCCCCUGCCCCCUCCCUCCCCCGUGUAUCGUGGUGACUGUGGCUCCUCAUGCAGCCUGAAUCGUAUGCAUGUACCAUAACAUCUAGACUUAAUAUAUUGUGAAGUAUUCAAUAACCAUUAUGUAGAUGCUAGUUGGAAUUCAAAAAGGGGUAUACUUUCUUAGAAAGACAAAAAAAAGAAAACAGGAAACUGGCCAUUUCUAAGAAAAUAAAACUUUAUUAGAUCAGA